AUGUACCUGAUCACUGUGUUUGGAAACCUGCUCAUAAUCCUAACUGUCAGCUCAGACUCCCACCUCCACACCCCCAUGUACUUCUUCCUCUCCAACCUGUCCUUUGUAGACAUCUGUUUCACCUCCACCACGAUCCCAAAGAUGCUGUGGAACAUCCAGACACAGAGCCAAGUUAUAACCUAUGAAGGUUGCAUGACCCAGAUGUUUUUUUUCAUGCUAUUUGCAGGGUUGGACAUCUUCCUCCUGACAGUGAUGGCUUAUGACCGCUUUGUGGCCAUCUGUCACCCCCUGCAUUACAUGGUCAUCAUGAACUCCAAAAUAUGUGGAAUUUUGGUUCUGGUUAGCUGGAUCAUCAUUGUCUCCUUAUUUUAUUGCACAGGCUUAGGAGUGUACCUCAGCUCAGCUGCUACCUACAGCUCACAUUCAACUGCAACAAUGUCAGUGAUGUACAUUGUGGUCACACCCAUGCUGAACCCCUUCAUCUACAGUCUGAGGAACAAAGACAUAAAGAGGGCUCUGAACUCUUUCUUUAGAAUGCCACCUAGAAAAGGGUUACUUGUCUUCCACUGA